AAAUCACAAAUAUCGACCCAACAAAGACCUCAAACCCCGAAACUCGCCCAAUUCAUUUCUCAUUUCCCCCAAAAUCACAACCCCCCCAUGGCGAUCGCCGGAAUCCACAAACUCACCCGAAACCCUACACUCUAUCUCCACUCACGCGCCAUCCUAUCACGCGCCACCAUCACCCGCUCCACCACAACAACCCCAUCAGCCAAAGUCUCCGAUCGAAUAGUCAAACUAAUAACCUACGAUUUCACAGGCGAAAGACGCGAAAUUGUCGGAUUAACCGGCCAAACACUCUUAAAAGCACUAACAAACAACAACCUAAUAGAUCCAGCAUCACAUAGGCUGGAAGACAUUGACGCGUGUUCUGCGGAAUGUGAAGUCAACAUAGCUGAAGAAUGGCUUGAGAAAUUGCCUGAAAAAAGUUAUGAUGAAAGUUAUGUUUUGAAACGAAAUGCGAGACACCGGGUUUUGAAUAAACAUUCUAGGUUGGGUUGUCAGGUUGUUCUUACUAAAGAUAUGCAAGGUAUGGUUGUUGCUGUCCCUGAAGCCAAACCCUGGGAUACUCCUUAAAUUUCGGAGCUUUUUUGGGUUUGGAGUAUCGAUUAAUAAUGUCUGUCUUUCGGUCGGUAAUGAUCGUUUACUGAAUGAAUUUAAUGAAUGAAUUGUCUGUUUUGAUGUUUUCUUUUUAUGUAAUAUUGGGCCCUGUUGUUAUAUUUUGGAUGUUGUUUUUAUUAUGGAUAAUAAUAAUUUGAUACUGGAUUUGUGGGAUUUA